AUGGGAAAUACUAUAUCAUCUAAAUUCCCAAUUCUUACAAGUUUGAGAGGGAAGAAAGAGUUAAAGUUGUUGAUGCUAGGUUUGGAUGGAGCUGGAAAGACAACAUUAUUAUAUAGACUAUUACUUAAUGAGGUAGUGUCCACCAUAAGUACACUAGGAUACAAUGUAGAGACAAUACAACAUAAGAACUUAAACCUAACUGUUUGGGACUUGGCUGGCCAGGACUCUAUUCGAGGACUAUGGAGACCAUUCUUCUACAAGUGUAAUGCUAUUAUAUUCGUUGUUGAUAGUAGUGAUCGAUCGAGGAUACAGGAGGCCGCUGAGGAGUUGGGUAAAUUGAUGAUGGAGGAAGAGUUGAAGACUUGUCCUUUGUUAUUGUUUGCCACUAAACAGGAUUGUGAGAGUCCGAUGGAUGUGCCCGAGUUGACCGACUCGCUUGGUCUACAUGAGGUACGCGAUCGCAAGUGGUACAUCCAGCCCACCAAGACCAUCGAGGGAGUUGGUAUCCAUGAAGGUCUAGACUGGCUGGCGGCACAACUUCUCGAGCCCAAGCCCAAGAAGAAGAAGCAACAACAUCAAAAGAAGAAACCAAAGCAAGUGGCACCAGAACCUGUGACUCCUGCCCCUGUCCCUGCACCUACAACCGCACCAGAGCCUGAGCCUGAGCCUGAGCCUGCGACUCCAGCUCCAGCUCCAGCUCCAACUCAAGAAUGUGUCCCUGAUGAAGCUGUCCCUGAAGCUGAAGCUCAAGCCAAGGAUGAGUCAAAGCAUGAGCCUGACACUCAGCCAAAGGAUGAGUCUAGGGAUGAGUCUGACAUUAAGCCUGAGUCUGACAUUAAGCCCGAGACUGAGAACAAUGCAUCGGCAUGUCAGGAGACAACGCCACAACCUCAAGAACAGUCAGAGACAGUUGGUCGUGGCGAGGUCCCAGUUCCAGUUGCAGUGGAGGGAUCACAACAAGAUCGUGCGCACAAGAAACCUAAAAGACAUCACAACGAUAUAGUUGCCGCAUCAAUCAAGGUCAACAAGUUCUUUACCAAUACUAUAUCAAAUAUCAAG